GCAAGCCGCAAGCCGCAGAUGUGCAUCAGUCGAUUUAAUUCGUGUCGAAUGUUGCAAUUGAAGGCUUGAGCGCUACGCUGCGGCUGCGGCUGCGACUGUGCUGUGGUGUUGUACAAGAUAAAUAAGUCGAGGUAGUCCGCAUUGUUCGAGAUGUUUUUGUUUUGUACGGACGUACGAGAUUGUAUAUUUGCUUUACGAGGACUUCUGUGCAUUGUGCGAGAAAUAAAAGACAGGGGAAAAAGUUGUGCUGCAUAUAUUGGAAGAUUUAUCAUUUAUCAUUUAUCAGUUAUCUUUUGUCUUUUACCCCCAAGUUUUGGAAAAUAUGAGUGUUUUAUAGACGGAGUAUAUUUGAGAAAUGGCUUCAGUCAAGACAUCAAAUGGGGCGACAGUUGAGAGAUUCGGACUGAGCGAGGUUUACAGUGCCGAGGAUCCUCUCGUUGAUAUCGUCCUGGUUCACGGCCUCCAUGGCCAUCCAUAUCUGACCUGGACCACAAAGGACCCCUCCGUAUUCUGGCCCGCCGAUCUUCUCCCGUCUUCUCUCCAAAACGAGCGAGUCCGGAUUCUUACCUACGGCUACAACGCCGACGUGGCAGCCUUCAUGACUGGCACAAGUGGCGUAGGCGGCGCAUCCAAAGACAAUAUCCCCAGGCACGCCGAAACUUUGGUUUCCGAACUCUGUGCCAACCGGUCCCUGGCGGGGGACGCAGCCACGCAACGGCCCAUUGUAUUCAUAUGCCACUCACUCGGCGGCCUAGUAGUCAAAUCCGCCUUGACGUAUUCGUCCACCAUCCAGAAAAAGAACGUGGAACACCUGCGCUCUAUAUAUCUCUCUACGUACGGGAUAUUGUUCUUGGGCACGCCGCACCUUGGCUCCGAUUUGGCCAAAUGGGGAUCAAUCCUAGAGUCAAUCGCCCGCGCGAUGGUGCCCAAGGCGGUCCUUCACACUUCCCCACGGUUGGUGAAUGCGCUCAAGCGGCAGAGCGAGUCGCUUGCAGGGAUAACUCGCUAUUUUGAGUCGAUUGAUCAUCGUUUUCAAAUGUAUUUUUUCCAUGAGGGGUUGCCGAUGAAUUUUGGACUUACGAAGAAAAUUGUCGUGGAUGAGGCCUCCGCGACCCCAUUAAAAGGCGGCGUGAGCCACGCAACUAUCCAGGCAGAUCACGCGAACAUAUGCAAGUUUAGCGCGCAAAAGGCUCCGGGGUACCUUCUUGUUGUGGAGGCUAUCAAGCGCUCCGCAAGAGAUGCGCCGGCCGUUGUCAAAGCAAGGUGGGCUAUAGAUAAGGAAAUCUUGUUAUUGCACGGUAAGGACAUUGCUAUGCAAUGGCGUUGAUAUAUCUAUACAAGAUUUGGUUACGCUGCUGCAACGAAGACGGAGGGCAAGACUGUCAAGAGCCUCCCUGCACCUGGGACCGAACCUCGAUUUGAGCACGUAUAUGGAGGGGUUCGCAAG